AUGUCGGACCAAACUGGUUCCACCCAGCCCGCUAGUCAAAGCCCAGAGAACAUACAAGAGACCUUCAUAAUCCCCAACAUGACCUACGAGAAACUCUCCGCUGCAAAGCCCCUGAUCGAUGCGCUGAUUGACCGGGAUGUGCUCGGUUACAGGUGGGAAGCGGAGUCGCAGGAGCUUCAUAUCACUUUGCAUGGCCCWMCCGAGACUGCGAACUAA